AUGGAAAACCCUCCCAAUUCAGGAUCGCUCUAUUACAAUUACAAGGGGUUCUACAGCAUCAUACUGUUAGCAGUCUGUGAUGCUAAGUACAACUUCAUUCUCGUAGAUGUAGGACAAUAUGGAAGUAACAACGACUGUGGUGUCUUAUCAAAGAGUCAAAUUGGAAUGCAACUGGAAAAUCAAUCCCUUCAAAUCCCACCACCUACGUCACUAGCUGGAUGUAAAUUUGACCCAUUACCUUAUUUUCUAGUUGGAGAUGGAGCUUUCCCCUUAAAGAAAAAGAUGAUGCGCCCAUAUCCUGGCAAGCUGAACGAGCCUGAGAGAGUAUAUAACUAUCGCCUCUCUCGUGCCAGGCGUGAUAUUGAAAACGCGUUCGGCUUAUUGCGGGCUAGAUGGAGAAUAUUUAGCCGCCCAAUAAAAGCAUCGGUAAAAAAUGUUGAAAAUUUUACGCUCGGAGCAAUUGCUUUACACAAUUACUUACGCCAAACUGAAGCCGCAAUGUAUUGUCCAAAUGGUUUUGUCGAUAGCACAAACACGAAUGGGGAGAUUACGCCUGGGUAA